AAUGGGCAUAAAUUAAAAAGAGACCCUUUUAAAAAUACAAUGAUUUCUUUAAAUCAGACCCAUAAAAUAGACUUUCUCUUUUGUUAGAUGCCGGGCCGAAAAAAUGCCUCUAAAAAUUGACCAUGGGCUUAUGGGUCCAAAAACUCCUGAAUGGAUUUCCCUCCAUCGCCUCUACAUUCGUUACCGUGGCCAGUUUUCUAACGGCGCCGAUUCUCGUAACCUUCUUCCCUCACUUUCUUACCUCCUUCUCCGCCGUCUUACAACCACCACCGCCGCACCAAAACCAAGGCCGAAGAAAGAACCAUACUCUUUCCUCAAACAAGAUCCGGUAGAAAUCUGUCAAUCUCUCUGGGUCAAAUCCUCUCUUCACCACCCACUACCACGUUCCCAAUCCCAAACUUCACUGGCUUCCUCUCCGAAUUCGACCUCUGAGUCCUCGCCACCGGCGCUCAAGUCCUCACGUCACCGGAACAUUCCCUCCCCGGCAACGCCACCCACUCCCACACCCUUCAAUCCGUCCUCUCUCUGGAAUGCCGUUGCCCACGGCCGUUUCAAAUGGAACCAGAAUAUCCGCAGCCUAAGCCUUGCACGGUGCUGAUUUUUCAAGAGGAAACUGCAACAGAUUACUAGGAGAAUUCAGUUCUUAGACCAGAAGAGUGUAGGUACUUUGCUUUCAGUUAAAGCUAGUUUACAGCAAUAUAUUCGUUAAUUCAGGCGCCUUGCAUUUGUUAAGGGUGAUAAGGAUCCUGAGCCACUGCCUUGUACUCCAAUGAUCUACUCAAGUCAAGCUCAUACCAAUUCUCGAAUGAAUAAGUUUCUUGAGACCAUGGCUGAUUGCUAUAAAUAUGCUGAUAAUCG